CCUCCUCCUUCUCCGCAUCUUCUAUCCAGUAUUAACUACCUGUUGACGCGCCAUCCGAGUCAGUCUUGCGUGCGGAAGCUCGAAUCACACCUACCUACCUACAUACCUACCUGCUCGCGCCAACGUCGACAACAUCGACCUACCUCUAUCAGCCCAUCGCGGGGAUUUAGGCCCCCCAUAUUCCACACGCGAUAUAUCAUAUGCCGAGUCUAGGAUUCCUCAAGAAAAAACGGACGAAGGAGGAGAAAUCCGAUCGUUCCUCCUCCAGCCAGCCCACAAGUCCAGUCACGCCCAUCACGCCGGUCACUCCCACGUCCUUGAGGACCUUCGGCUCGAAAACCUCCCUCAUCACCGCUGCGACGCGCAGUUCGGUCGCCAGAAGCACCGCUUCCCAAUCGCAACCCACAAACCCACCCACCCAGGAGGUACCAGCUUCAGCUGGUGGAGGGUCGCAAAUGAAUACCCCGGCGACCCACCAAGCUGCUCCGUACGGGCUCCAGCCUCCCCCGAACCCCGCCCCGUCGGGGACCCCACAGAACGUUCCGAGCAUCAACAACCUGAUCAACCUACCGCAGAACGACGGCAACCAUCACGAGGCAGCUUCGCCGCAGCCGCCGCCGCCGCAACCGCAGUCGCAACCGCAGUCGCAAUCACAACCCUCGGAGGCUAGAGUGACGAAAGGCAAAUACUCCCUCGGCGACUUCGAUCUCCUCCGGACGCUCGGUACGGGCAGUUUUGGCCGCGUGCACUUGGUGCAGUCGAAACACAACCAGAGGUUUUACGCCAUCAAAGUGCUGAAGAAGGCCCAGGUGGUGAAGAUGAAGCAGGUUGAACAUACCAACGACGAGCGGCGGAUGCUCGGCGAAGUCAAACAUCCUUUUCUCAUAACGCUGUGGGGGACUUUCCAGGACCCGAGGAAUCUCUACAUGGUCAUGGAUUUUGUCGAGGGCGGCGAGUUAUUCUCUCUGUUGAGGAAGUCGGGUCGAUUCCCGAACCCGGUGGCGAAAUUCUACGCCGCCGAAGUCACCCUCGCCCUCGAAUAUCUGCAUUUAAGAAACAUCAUCUAUCGGGAUCUGAAGCCCGAGAACCUGCUUCUGGACCGCCACGGGCACCUUAAGAUAACGGAUUUCGGUUUCGCAAAAAGGGUCCCGGAUAAGACGUGGACGUUAUGUGGGACCCCGGACUACCUCGCCCCCGAGGUCGUUUCGAAUAAGGGUUACAAUAAAUCGGUUGACUGGUGGUCGCUGGGCAUCCUGAUCUACGAGAUGCUCUGCGGAUAUACGCCAUUCUGGGACAGCGGUUCGCCGAUGAAAAUCUACGAAAAUAUCCUGCGGGGUAAGGUCAAGUAUCCGCCAUACGUUCACCCCGACGCACAGGACCUCCUCGAGCGCCUCAUAACGCCCGAUCUGACGAAGCGAUUGGGUAACCUGUACGGCGGGUCACAGGAUGUGAAGAAUCACCCGUGGUUCUCGGAGGUCACCUGGGAUCGAUUAUCGAGGAAAGAUAUCGACGCUCCGUACACGCCACCGGUCAAGGCCGGCGCCGGCGACGCAAGCCAGUUCGACAGAUAUCCCGAGGAAACGGAGAAAUACGGCCAGACCGGGAACGACGAAUACGGGUACCUAUUCCCCGACUUCUAAUGUGACGACGAUGAUAUGGGAGCUGCGCGCAACUGCGUGCGAAAGGGACGUGUGCGAGUACUCUUAGAUCCGGGUACCACCGAUUCGUCGAGGCCAACCCUGGGCGGAAAAGCAGCCGGGAAGUUUUUGGUCUGUCGAAUCUCGGGAAAGAAACGAAGUUACGGAUCGCGGGCCGCUUGCGAAGAGGGGGGGAGAAGACA